AAAGCCUCCUUCUACCCUCUCACGGCUUUCACCCGCAUAUCUCUCUCCCCCCACAUUCUCUCUCUACAUAGAAUUUGAUCGAUAAUAAUAAAAACCAGAGAGUUAACGAGGAAGAGAGAGAGAGAGAGAAACCCCAACAAGCAAUGAAGCAAAGCUCAUCUGAGACGGUCUCCUUAUCUUCCUCUACACCCGCUAUAUCGGACCAAUCACAGAUAGCCACCUCAUCAUCGAGGCCGUCAACAUCAACCGCAACCACCAUUGCCUCAGCAUCGAUAUCGUUGGAGAAACCGAUGUCUUCCAUCGCGGCGGCGGAGGACUUGGUGGUAGGGUCCAGGGACGGCAGCGGCGGGGCGCAGGAGACGGUAACCGUCGAUCGGCGGGGCGAGUAUUCAGCUGUGUGCCGAUGGACGGUCCACAAUUUUCCACGAAUCAAGGCUAGGGCACUCUGGAGUAAGUACUUUGAGGUGGGAGGGUAUGAUUGUCGCCUACUGGUGUACCCUAAGGGGGACUCUCAGGCUUUGCCAGGGUACAUAUCCAUUUACCUCCAAAUCAUGGACCCGCGGGGCACAUCGUCGUCAAAAUGGGACUGCUUCGCCAGUUACCGUCUCGCCAUCGUCAACCUGCUCGAUGAUUCCAAGACUAUUCAUCGGGAUUCGUGGCACCGUUUCUCUAGCAAGAAGAAAUCUCAUGGAUGGUGCGAUUUCACGCCUUCAUCUACUGUUUUCGAUUCCAAAUUAGGUUAUGUGUCAAACAACGAUUCCGUUCUUAUAACUGCUGAUAUUUUAAUCUUGAACGAAUCCGUUAAUUUCACGCGAGAUAAUAAUGAUAUACAAUCGUCAUCUUCCUCGACGAUUUCUUCGUCCGUAGUUGCGGGCCCCGUAUCUGAUGUCUUGAGUGGAAAAUUUACAUGGAAAGUGCAUAAUUUUAGCUUGUUUAAGGAGAUGAUUAAGACGCAGAAGAUAAUGAGCCCGGUUUUCCCUGCUGGAGAGUGUAACUUGAGGAUUAGUGUGUAUCAGAGCUCCGUUAAUGGGCAAGAGUAUUUGUCUAUGUGUUUGGAGAGCAAGGAUACGGAGAAGACUGUCGUGUCUGAUAGGAGUUGUUGGUGUCUAUUUAGAAUGUCAGUAUUGAACCAGAAGCCUGGUUCCAAUCACAUGCACAGAGAUUCUUAUGGGAGAUUUGCAGCAGAUAACAAGAGUGGGGAUAACACAAGCUUGGGGUGGAAUGACUAUAUGAAGAUGUCUGAUUUUGUUGCCCAAGACUCCGGGUUUUUAGUGGAUGAUACUGCUGUGUUUAGUACCUCAUUUCAUGUGAUUAAAGAAUUCAGUAGCUUCUCUAAGAAUGGGGGUCUGAUUGGUGUAAGAAGUGGGAGUGGGGCCAGGAAAUCUGAUGGACAUUUGGGCAAAUUCACUUGGAGGAUUGAAAACUUCACUAAAUUGAAAGAUCUUUUGAAGAAAAGGAAGAUUACUGGUCUAUGCAUUAAGAGCAGGAGGUUUCAGAUUGGUAACAGGGACUGCCGCCUCAUUGUUUAUCCUCGUGGGCAGUCCCAGCCACCAUGUCAUCUUUCAGUUUUUCUUGAAGUCACGGAUUCGCGAAAUACUUCUAAUGAUUGGAGCUGUUUUGUGAGUCAUCGAUUGUCAGUUGUGAAUCAAAGGAUGGAGGAGAAAUCUGUCAUGAAGGAAUCUCAGAAUCGCUACUCUAAAGCGGCAAAGGAUUGGGGUUGGCGUGAAUUUGUAACACUUACCAGUCUCUUUGAUCAAGAUUCUGGAUUUCUUGUUCAGGACACAGUUGUAUUCUCUGCAGAGGUUCUGAUUCUGAAAGAGACAUCUGUAGUGCAGGAUUUUACUGAUCGGGAUACUGACUUGGCAGUUGUUGGUUCCCAUUUAGAUAAGGUUGGGAAAAGAAGUUCUUUUACAUGGAAAGUGGAGAACUUCUUGUCCUUCAAGGAAAUAAUGGAAACCCGAAAAAUCUUUAGCAAAUUCUUCCAAGCUGGCGGAUGUGAGCUUCGGAUUGGUGUAUAUGAGUCUUUUGACACCAUAUGUAUAUACUUAGAAAGUGAUCAGUCUGUUGGUAGUGACCCAGACAAGAACUUCUGGGUCAGGUACAGAAUGGCUGUGGUGAAUCAGAAGAACCCAGCCAAAACUGUAUGGAAGGAGUCUUCUAUUUGUACAAAGACAUGGAAUAAUUCUGUUUUGCAAUUCAUGAAGGUGUCAGAUAUGUUGGAAGCUGAUGCAGGGUUUCUUGUCCGUGACACGGUUGUUUUUGUUUGUGAAAUAUUGGAUUGCUGCCCAUGGUUUGAAUUUUCGGACUUAUAGGUUUUAGCUUCUGAGGAUGAUCAGGAUGCUCUAACAACUGAUCGUGAUGAACUCAUUGAUUCUGAAGACAGUGAAGGAAUAAGUGGAGAUGAAGAAGACAUCUUUAGAAACCUUCUGUCUCGAGCUGGAUUUCACCUCUCCUAUGGUGAUAAUCCUUCCCAGCCUCAGGUCACUUUACGAGAAAAGCUUCUGAUGGAUGCUGGUGCGAUUGCUGGUUUUCUGACUGGACUUCGGGUUUAUCUUGAUGACCCUGCUAAAGUAAAGCGUUUGCUUCUUCCAACAAAGCUCUCUGGUAAUGAUGGGAAGAAGGUAAUGAAGGCUGAUGAAUCUUCCCCCAGUUUGAUGAAUUUGCUAAUGGGGGUUAAAGUUUUGCAGCAAGCAAUUAUUGACUUACUCUUGGAUAUAAUGGUUGAAUGCUGCCAACCUUCAGAAGGAGCUUCUCAUGGUGAAUCUUCUGAAAGAAACUCAAAAACUACUACUGAUGGCAGUGGAGCUGCUAGUCCAGUGGAAUCUGAUAGGGACAGUGGAGCAACAGAAUCUGCUCAUUAUCCUUUGUAUGAGAGAUUGGACUCUGGUGUAGAUGAUGGUACCAGUGCACCUGCUGUCCAAAGUUCUGAUAUGAAUGGGGUUGAUAUUGCAGAAAAAGCUGUUCCUGGACAGCCUAUUUGUCCACCAGAAACAAAUGCUGGGGGUACAUUUGAAAGUGCUUCAGUUCGCUCUAAGACAAAGUGGCCUGAGCAAUCUGAGGAACUUUUAGGAUUAAUAAUAAACUCACUGAGAGCUCUUGAUGGAGCUGUUCCACAAGGCUGUCCUGAGCCAAGAAGACGGCCUCAAUCUGCUCAAAAAAUUGCGCUCGUAUUAGAUAAAGCUCCUAAGCAUUUGCAACCGGAUCUAGUUACUUUAGUACCCAAGUUGGUUGAGCAUUCAGAGCAUCCUCUGGCUGCUUAUGCACUUCUAGAAAGACUUCAGAAGCCAGAUGCUGAACCUGCACUACGAAUACCUGUAUUUGGUGCUCUUACUCAACUGGAAUGUGGCAGUGAGGUGUGGGAACGCAUCUUAUUUCAAUCUUUUGGGCUUUUGAGAGAUGCAAACGACGAACCUCUUGCUGCAACCAUUGAUUUUAUUUUUAAAGCAGCUUCCCAAUGCCAACAUCUUCCUGAAGCAGUCAGAGCUGUUCGUGUUAGGCUAAAAGAUUUGGGUGUGGAUGUUUCUGCUUGUGUGCUUGACUUUUUGAGUAAAACUGUUAAUAGUUGGGGUGAUGUUGCAGAAACCACACUUAGAGAUAUAGAUUGUGAUGAUGAUUUUGGUGAUAAUUGCUCGACAUUGCCAUGUGGACUCUUUUUGCUUGGCGAAAAUGGAGCUACUUCUGAAAGGUUGCACAUGAUGGAUGAUCAAGCUUUCAGUGCUAGCCGUCAUUUUUCUGACAUUUACAUUUUGAUUGAGAUGUUAUCCACCACAGAUAGUAGUCGUGAUAGAUUAGAUUGGAUAUUUGGUAAUUUGGCAUGCGAUGAGCAGGAGAUCAUUAGACCUGUGUUGACCAUGAUGAGGGAGGUUGCUGAACUUGCAAAUGUUGACCGGGCAGCUCUUUGGCACCAUUUAUGUGCGAGUGAAGAUGAGAUUAUUCGCGUGCGUGAUGAUAGAAAAGCUGAAAUUUCAAAUAUGGUACGAGAGAAAGCUAUUUUAUCUCAAAAAUUGAGUGAAUCUGAGGCUGCAAACAAUCGUCUCAAGUCUGAAUUGAGGGCUGAGAUGGAUCGGUUUGCUCGGGAAAAGAAGGAACAUUCUGAGCAGAUGCAGGAAGUAGAGAGUCAACUUGAGUGGAUUCGCUCUGAGCGUGAUGAUGAAAUUGCGAAACUCUCAGCUGAUAAGAAAGCUCUCCAGGAUCGUCUUCAUGAAGCAGAGACACAACUCUCCCAAUUGAAGUCCCGGAAACGUGAUGAGUUGAAGAGAGUUGUAAAGGAGAAAAAUGCUCUUGCUGAAAGGCUAAAGAGUGCUGAAGCUGCUCGGAAAAGAUUUGAUGAAGAGUUGAAACGAUUUGCAACUGAGAAUGUCACCCGUGAAGAAAUCCGUCAGUCACUUGAGGAUGAAGUUCGGCGCUUAACUCAAACAGUCGGGCAAACCGAAGGAGAAAAGCGGGAAAAGGAAGAGCAGGUUGCCCGGUGUGAGGCGUAUAUUGACGGCAUGGAGUCAAAAUUGCAAGCAUGCCAGCAAUAUAUUCACACCCUCGAGGCUUCACUUCAAGAAGAAAUGACACGACAUGCUCCCUUGUAUGGGGCUGGGCUGGAAGCUUUAUCGAUGAAAGAGUUGGACACACUGGCACGAAUUCACGAGGAGGGGCUGAGGCAUAUUCAUGCCCUCCAACAGCGUAAAGGAAGUCCUGCGGGCAGUCCUCUUGUGAGUCCCCAUACUCUCCCACAUAAUCACGGGCUAUACCCAACUGCGUCACCUCCAAUGGCUGUUGGGUUGCCCCCAUCGCUAAUCCCAAACAGUGUUGGGAUUCACAGUAAUGGGCAUGUGAAUGGCGCUGUUGGACCCUGGUUCAACCAUACUUGAAAAAAAUUCCAAGAGAGUAAAGUUUCUUUCCAUUUGUUGACGUAAAAUAGAAGAGCUGGGGUGACAUCUCAAUAUGAAGGGAUGGUCUGCUUUUUCUGAGUAUUUUUUUUUUUAUCUCUUUCUUGGCAUUUGGACUGGUAGGACUGUUGGAGAAGAGAGGAAUAAGUGAAGAAGAUAUGGAUGAGCAGCAGGGUAAUAGUAUUAGAUUGAAUCAUUGUGAAGAACGAAUGCUGCAUCCAAUGGAACUAACAGUUAGAAAUGCCAUACCUAUUUGCUUCUUUUUCUUUAAAAGUUAAUUAUAGGCCUUUUUAGAAAGUUUUGUGAAUGGUCUUGUCCCAUCUUUUCUUAUAAUAUUCUAUUUCCUUA